GCGAGUACCUGCUAGUUUUUCAGCAAGUUGAGCUCAGCCCAAGUUUACAAAAAAUGCAACUUGCUGGAUCAGAUCCAUUCUUGUCUCAUACUCUCAUUGACCUUUUAUUUGUGACUUCCACAUACCAUUUCCAUUGCAGUACUAUAAUGCUUGCUCCAAUCUGUCUCUCUGCAAUCUCACAUCCCCCUUCAUCAAUUGUCCGUUCCAGCGGUGCUUCUUUCAUCAUCCUUCGGUUCUUCAUCUGUGUAAGAUCUCCACACCCUUUUUCUUUUGUCUUGUCACUUGCCAGUGUUUGUUUUCUCCAAUCUGUUUGUGUCAGUUCUGUUCAUUAUCUCCUUUUCCGCUUCACUAAUUUAUCUUCUUGGUUUCUGCUUCAGGGGGUUCCAUUCGUUGGUAUCUUCACCUGUCGUUUCCCAUUCCAAAAUCACUUCCUUGACCUGUCUUUAGGGAGGAUGCUCCCAUCUAUCAUCUUUUACCUUCUGUCCUAUGUUUCACACCAUUUACUGCUACCUUUCCAGAAAAACUUCUUCCUAUAACUUUUCUUCCUAUUGAUCCCCUCGGCAGGAUUUCUUGAAAACGCACACGCACAAAACACAAAAAAAUUGCUUCUGCGUAAUUCCACCAAUUUCCCAUCUUCUGGCUGUUGGAUCUCAUAUAUUUUUCCCACUAUUUCUUGCCUUACAACUUCAUGGCGGAGGUGGCUGCUUUGGCUGUGGCUGGUGUACGGGCUAGCUUGGACUUUGUGGUGUCACCGACCAUGAAGAAGCUCCUUGCUUACUCUUCUGAGUACCUUGGUGUGGACAUGGCUCAUGAGCUGCAUGAACUGGAGACCAACAUCAUGCCGCAGUUUGCGAUACUGAUUGAAGCAGCUGACAAGGGCUCACACAGGCGAGUGUUGGACAAGUGGCUCGAGGACCUCAAAGGAGCCUUUUGUAAGGCUGACGACCUGCUAGAUGAGCAUGAGUACAACCUCCUCAAGCACAAAACAGAGAGCAGGAAGGGAUCUUCGCCAGAGCAUGCAUCUUCCAGUAAUGCUAUUAUGAAGCGUAUACAUGCUGCGUCGAGCAGGCUUUCCAAUCUGCACCCAAAGAACAAAAAGCUACUCGACCAGCUGAAGGAACUGAAGCUCAUCCUUGCAAAAGCCAAGGACUUCCGUGAACUGCUUUGCUUACCUGCUGGUAAUAGUGCUGAGGCCUCCGCAGUACCGGCAGUUGUUAUUCCAGUGGCCACAUCAAUAGCACCUCCGAGAGUGAUUGGUCGUGACGAGGAUCGGGAUGAUAUUAUAGAUCUUCUUACAACGCGGAUUGCCGGUGAGUCUGUAUCUGUAACAAGUACAUAUUCUGGUGUAGCCAUUGUUGGACUUGGAGGCAUGGGAAAAUCCACCCUGGCGCAGCAUGUUUACAAUGACAAGAGGAUAGAAGAACAUUUUGAUUUGAGGAUGUGGGUCUGCAUCUCACGCAGACUUGAUAUUGACCGCCACACCCGGGCAAUCAUUGAAUCAGCAGCAAAGGGAGAGUGCCCGCGUAUUGAUAAUCUUGAUACUCUACAGUGCAAAUUAAGGGACAUACUGCAAAAGUCAAACAGAUACCUUCUUGUGUUGGACGAUGUCUGGUUUGAAGAAAACACCAAUGAGAUGGAGUGGGAAAAACUAUUGUCUCCUCUGGUAUCUCAACAGACAGGAAGCAAAAUUUUGAUAACUUCUCGAUCGAAUAUACUUCCAGCUCCUCUUUGUUGUGAUGAAAUUAUUCAUUUGAAAGACAUGGAAGAUAACGAUAUCUUAGCACUCUUCAAGGACCAUGCCUUUUCUGGCGCAGCGAUCAGAGACCAGAGGUUGCGUCAACAGCUAGAAACUAUAGCAGAGAAGCUUGCUAAAAGAAUUGGAACAUCUCCUCUGGCAGCAAAAACUGUGGGUUCGCAGCUGAGCAGGAAUAAGAAUAAGACUGCAUGGGAAAAUGCUCUAAGGAUUGAUAACUUAAGCAAUCCCAGUAUAGCACUUCUGUGGAGUUACGAGAAGUUGGAUCCAAGUCUGCAGAGGUGUUUUCUGUAUUGUAGUUUAUGUCCAAAAGGCCACCACUAUGUCAUCGAGGAGUUGGUUCACAUGUGGGUGGUACUGGAAUAUUCCAUGGUUGAUUCGUGCAAUUUGAACAAGAGAAUGGAAGAUAUUGGGAGGGAUUGCUUUAAUGAGAUGCUCUCAGUUUCAUUCUUUCAACCAGUUUACAUAAAUGGCACAACUGGAGUCUACUGUGUUAUGCAUGAUCUAGUUCAUGAUUUGUCAGAGUCACUGUCUAAAGAAGUCUGCUUCAGAUUAGAAGAUGAUAAGAUGGCAACAAUACCAUGCACUGUUCGACACCUAUCUGUUUGUGUUGAGAGUUUGAAGCAACAUCAAGAUGCCCUCUGCAGGCUACAUCAUUUACGUACCUUUAUCUGCAUUGGACCACUUAUAGAUGAUGCAAGAGAUAUAUUCCAUCGGGUUCUAAGGAAUUUCAAGAAGUUGCGUGUACUCUAUUUGUGCUUUUAUAACAGCAGCAAGCUACCUGAAUCUGUUGGUGAACUCAAGCACCUUCGAUACUUGAACCUCAUAAGUACGUCAAUCACUGAAUUGCCAGGAUCAUUGUGUGCUCUUUACCACUUGCAAGUACUACAGCUCAGUGACAAUGUUAAAAUCCUGCCUGAAAAACUAUUCCGUUUGAGUAAGUUGAGACAUUUUAAAGUUGAAGGGUGCAGUGAAAUCCCUUACGUAGGCAAGUUAACUUCGCUCCAAAAUCUCAAACUAUUUUUCGUGCAAAAGCAGAUGGGCUAUGAGGUACAGCAGCUGAAGAACAUGAAUGACCUUGGAGGCAGUUUAAGUAUAAAAAAUCUUGAGAAUAUCAGUGGGAAGGAUCAGGCCUUAGAAGCAAAGCUACAUGAGAAAAGUCAUCUUGAGACCUUGCACCUUGAAUGGAGUGAAAAAAAUGACAUGACUGCACAUGAUGAUAGUUUACAGCUGGAAACUCUGGAAGGUCUGAUGCCACCGCCUCAAAUUAGGGGCCUUACUAUCAAAGGUUAUAGAUAUGCAAAAUACCCAGGCUGGUUACUUGUCAGUUCUUAUUUCCAGAAUUUGGAAUCACUUGCGCUUGUUAAUUGCACUACCUUAAAAACCCUACCAUCCAAUGCCGCUCUCUUUGGGAAUUGCUCCUCGCUUCGCCUUGAGAAUGUUCCAAAUCUCAAGACAUUACCUUCUCUUCCGGCCAGCCUUGAAGAGUUAACUAUUGAGAAAUGCAUGAUGCUUAUGUUUAUUUCCAACGAUGAGCUAGAACAACAUGACCAGAGGAAGAACACCGCGAUGACAUAUAGAUUGAUAUCCAGGCUUUCUUUCAUGUGGGAGGUGGAUAUGAGAUCAAAAAUCAGGAACAUCCUAUUGUCGGAGCAUUCGUCUCUGAAGUUGUUGAUGAAUGCUGAUAUGUCUUAUCUUCAAACAAUUGAAAGUGCUCUUGAAAGAGAGGGGGGUGAAGUAUUGGUAAAGGGGGAUAUCAUCAAAGCAUGGAUGUUUUGCCAUGAGGAGAGGAUAAGACUCAUUUGUACAAGGAAGAUCGUCAUGCCCCUUGUUCCACCAUCAGGGCUCUGCAGGCUUGAUCUUUCUUCAUGCGUCGUUACGGAUGGAGCAUUAGCUGUUUGCCUUGAUGGUCUCACUUCACUGAGACGUUUGUCACUAAAAGAGAUUAUGACUUUAACUACACUUCCGUCACAAGAUGUCCUCCAACAGUUGACAAAGCUUCAAUACUUGCACAUCGACUCGUGCUGGUGUCUUAGAUCAUUAGGGGGGUUACGAGCUGCUACUGUUCUUUCGAAAAUUCAAUUAAGCAGCUGCCCUUCUUUAGAACUGACGGGUGGAUCGGAUUCUUUGCCAUUGUCCCUUGAGGUUCUAAGAAUAUUUCUGUGUGUGGUUGCAGCUGAUUUCUUCAGUUGUGACUUGCCGCUCCUGAAAGAUCUUUCCAUGUCUUGGUGCAGCUCUCCAUCGUUGUCGAUUGGUCACUUGACCUCCCUUGAAUCAUUAUCGCUAUGGAAUUUACAGGACUUGUGCUUUCUUGAAGGGUUAUCUUCGCUACAACUUCUCCGCGUAAAUUUUGCAGAUCUCCCAAACCUCGAUAAGAAGUGCAUCUCACAGUUGCAAGUCAAAGAUCGCCUUUGUGUUAGCAGCUCCGUAAUGCUCAACCUUAUGCUCUCAGCUAAAGGUUUUACAGUUCCAAGAUUUCUCGCUGUUGUAGGAUGCAAGGAGCAAACCUUUUCAUUUGAAGGAUCAGCAGAUUUCUCAUCUGUGGACUGCUUGACAUUUAUGAAUUGUAAAAUCAGUUUGUUGCCAGAAAAUCUGAAGUGCUUUUCAGGACUGAGGAGUCUCCAUAUCAUUGGAUGCCCCAAUAUAUCAUCUUUACCAGAUUUGCCAUCCUCCCUCUAUCGCAUAAAUGUGGAGGAUUCUGAACUCUUGAAGAACAACUGCCAAUCACCGGAUGGAGAAAGCUGGCCAAAGAUUGAGCAUAUCCGCUCAAAAUGGUUUCGUUAAUUGCCAUCCAAAUUUGCAAGUAUAUAGAAACA